UCAACCAGCAAUGAGUAAGGCGUGAACUCUGUGGGGAAAGAUGACCAGCCCUGCAAAUGUCCGUCCCAUCCAAACACAUUGCAUCUUCACCUUUGCGACCUGCACCAACAACAGCACAUUCGACACCAACCCCGACCACCAUUCUGGGACGGCCAUGGACGAUUUUCCCACGUACAACAUCCUUUAGAUAGAUUCGAUUGCUCUCCAGAUUGCCGAUUCGACACGCUUCGCCCGUCCGCUCCAUACAUUCCGCACAAUAAACAACACACCCAACAAAAUCAACACCCCCAGCCGCCGCCAUGGCCACUGCAUCGCCCGUGCCCAUCGGCCUCGAUGCUGGCCAAUCCGCCGCUUUAACAAGAAAAUCAUCAUUACGAUCCGGUUUGAGGAGAAACACCUCCCGAUCGGCCCUGAGCCGUGCCGAAUCGAACCCUAUCCCUACCGCUCACGCGUCAUCUCGAUCUCAGUCGCAUUCGCAGCUUCCCGCUGACGGCGACAGCUCCGACGACGAGAUCCCUCAGCCUAUCAAGCUCAGUGCUUUUACCAAAGCACUCUUAAAUGAUGGCGGAGACGAACCAGACAAGGACUACGGCCGUGUCCGCACCCGAGCUCAGAGUCACCGGCCUUCGUCGCCGCCACUACACAUCGAACAGCCAAAACCCGUCAAGCGAAACAUCAAUCUCAGCGCUUCAAUCUCCUCCAUGGGUGAAGAGAGACGUCGCACCCGUGCUACCAGUGCGCAACCAUCCACCCGACAAUCUUCGCCGGCUCGGAGCCAAACCAGUGAGGACGCCGGCCCCGUCCGCAAGCGAGUUGUGCGACUGAGUACUGCAUCAUCACAAGGUUCCGCUGCCUCGGCUGGAUCCAACUUCAAAUCUACCAAAAGACGGUCCACUUCUACUUCAGCUUCGGCAUCAUUAUCAGCCUCUGGGUUACCGAGCAGAACUCGGGCUCCGAGUAUCGACAGAGGAGUCGAAGAGAAAGCCAACAUCUCGGAGAUGAGAGAUCAAGAAAUCAUCACGCCAGGCCAUCAGGGCCGCGUUGUUAGAAUAGUGGGCUCAUCAGGCAGUAAAGGCAGAACUGGUAGCUCUGCAACAUCUUCAAAGAGCGCAGACUCUGCCUCUCACGGGAUGAACGACAUACUAGACGAACCACAAACAGCUUCACGUCAGCAACAAGAAUCAUAUAUCGGAAGUGUUUCUCGCAUAGGCUCUAAUGGCUCUCGAGCUCGAAAUGAUGAGAAUCAAGGGCUGCAAAGCUCCAUGCGGGUCAAGAGGGUAGUUCCUGGGAGCUUUCUCAUCGGACCAGUUCGUCGGGGGCAUAGAAGACAGAGCGAAGAAGAUGCAGAAAAUGCAGACAAUCUGCCUUCCAGUCAGGAUCCCAGCAAUCAGCAACCGCACGGCGAACCAAUCGACAAUCUCGCGGCCUCCUACUACGCUCAAGACCGUCUUAGCUCUGGGAGCCCUAUUAGUGCCAAAUCCCUAGCAAGACUCGGUGUGAGUCGAACAUCGCCUGCAGAACAAAACGAACCUGCCUUACAAUCCCAUAAAAUCUCUAACGAUGAGAUUGUAAUCCCUCCUCCUCCAUCUUGGCCUAAUAUGUCUCUAAGGCGGGACCAAGAAAAUGAAGCCCCGCCAACCUUCAAAAGGGAGAAACCGGCGGACGGCCUUCUACCAGAAACAGAUUUUGUGAAGCCUCCAAGUCGCCCAUUAAGCACGGACCCGAGCGCUCUGCGCAAUCUUUCACCAGAACGAAAACCGUUGGGUUCUCUCAGCCGCAAUACGCCACGCCGUGCCGUCCCGCCGCCACCUCCAAAGAUGUCCAUUUUAGACGCAGCCACAUCUACAGCUGGUGCAGCUACCACAUCUGAAGUACCGAGGCGCCGAAACUAUAUGAAGGUCAACGGAAAAUGCUACUCCCGUCUAGACUGUCUCGGCCGCGGAGGAAGUGGUAAGGUUUACCGAGUGGCUGCCGACAACGGCAAGAUGUUCGCCCUGAAGCGCGUUUCCAUUGAAAAUGCGGAUGAAAGGACAGUUAGAGGCUAUAAAGGGGAGAUUGAUCUUCUCAAAAAGCUGAGUAAGGUCGAACGAGUGAUUACACUUAUCGACUACGAAAUGAACGAUGAAAAGCAAGUUUUGAGUCUUGUAAUGGAAAUGGGUGAACUGGAUCUUAAUACGCUCCUACGUCAAAGGUAUUCUCCAGAGAAUGCCAAGUUCGACCCGGUAUUUGUGCGUUAUGUCUGGCAAGAAAUGCUCGAGUGUAUGGCCGCUGUGCAUGCGUGCGACAUCGUGCAUUCCGAUCUCAAGCCCGCCAAUUUCGUGGUCGUCAAAGGCCGUCUCAAGCUCAUUGACUUUGGCAUCGCCAAUGCAAUCCAGACUGAAGAGACAGUCAAUGUUCAUCGCGAAGCACAAGUUGGAACGCCCAAUUACAUGAGCCCCGAGAGUUUAAUCGAUUUCAACACAGCAGAUUCCAAUGGGCGGCAGAUUAGCAGUCAUUCCACCCUUCCCAGAUUAUGGAAGCUGGGAAAAGCCAGCGAUGUCUGGAGUCUAGGCUGCAUCCUGUUCCAACUGGUAUACGGAACACCACCAUUUGGACAUAUUUCGAACCAGAUGGCUCGUUGCCAGGCUAUCAUUAACUGGGAAUACGACAUCAAGUUCGGGGACCGCGGCAUCGGCGAAGUUCCGGUGCCGGCGAGUCUACUGAGAACUAUGAAGCGAUGUUUGAGCCGCGACCAGCGCCUUCGCCCAACCUGCGAAGAGCUAUUAGCCCCUACAGAUCCAUUCCUAUACCCUGUUGAGACCCCGGAGGGUUCUCUGCCUAUCACGGAAGAAAUGUUGAGCAGGAUCAUCCAGAGCGUGGUAUCGAGGUGCCGCGAGCGGAUGCCCACUGAGGCCGAGGUCUUGAGUGUCUGGCCACAAGCAUAUUGGAGCAGCGUCGCCAAGGCCAUCGGUCAAGACACGAAGUCGGUUCAGGGCAGGUGAUUACACAAUGGCUGCUGGUCAUACUCAAUCGACUUGGCUGGAAGCCAAGUCAACGCACGAAAUCAAAAGCUAUUUGAUAACGAAGAUCUACGACCACGGAAAAAAAGAGAUAUGUAAUGCGGGAGUUCGAAGCAGGGGAGGAGAGAUUAGAAAUUUUGGGGUGUUGGAGAAGAUGGAGGGUUGUGGCAUUAUUGUUCACGGUUUGGAUUCGAGUGUUGGAUACAAUACAUUCAUGUCCUGCCCAUUAUCCCACGGGAAAAAACUGGCUUUGUUUCACUUACGACUUUGGUUUGAGCCGCAGCACUAUAUUCCCCAUCAGUUUUGUGUUUGACCGGGUGGUGUACAUUUUUCCUGCGGCGUUCCGGAGGCAAAACUGGCUGAAAAGCGCUACCUACUUGCUCUUGUAUAGAAAGCAAAUGACCCAGCUAGAUGGCCUUGACGACGAUAAAGACUUCUUGUUCAGCGAUUGCUUCUGCUAGUGCCUCGUCCGAGGACGGCGUAUUAUAUCCCAUUUCUAUAAUAACAAUUCGCCAUUCGUUUUA